AGUAUCGCGCGCUGAGCAUAAUUUCUUUUCAACUGAGUCGCCAGUUAGCCGCGAGAAGCGUGCGAGUACGCUUGAACAGUUCCAGCAAGAAUGUCCAGAUAUUUGCUCACAAUUUGUUGCCUGCUUCUGGCAAGUGGCAUCUACAGCAGCACCUCCAGCUCCAGCAGCAGGCAUUGGUGGCCAGCCAGGUUGCAAGCUGCCCGGGUGACGUAUUCGCCGGAGCUGUUGCAAGAUCUGCGCGAAUUUAUCGAUCUGAUACCGAGCAUCACCAUCGACGAGCUGAUCGCGGAGCAUAUGGUUGUUGAUUCCGGAUUUCGUAAGGCCAUCAAAUUUCUACGCAGCUCGGACUUUAAGCAGCUGCAGCAACGCGCCGAGUCGCUGCCCGAGAUAAUUGAGGUUAUAAAUUUUGCGCAUCUGAAUGACACAAACAUCGCAUCCAGAAUUCGCAUCGACGCGCGGCUCAGGCAGCAGCUGAUAGCCAGCGCAUACAAAAGCUAUGGCUAUCAGUUGACAGAUGGUAAUGCUAUUGAUGAGCAGGAGAGCGUGCUUGUGGUGCUGAUACCCCCGACUGGACACGAGGUUGUGCCUCCGCCCACAUUCGGCAGCUUUGUCAGCUUCGCCCAGGAGCUGUUGACCCAUCUGCCGCGGGAUCGCUUCAUUGCGCUGAUCAAUGAGAAACGUAAAGAAGGCAAAGUUUUUCCCCAAUUCUACGAGGCCAUACGCAGCGAUGAGUUCAAAACUCUCUUGGACAAGACAAUGAAAUCACAGAAUGUGCUCAACAUUAUUAAGACACUGGCCAGCCAUGAGAUUGAUGCACAGAGUCUGAAAGAUAUUGCACUGGAAGUCAUCUCUUGGGGUCCGACGCCCUGAUUUUUACUUUAAAUAUAUAAUAUAGUCUGCAUAUAUAGUGAGAUUUGUAAAUUGUUCACAUAUAUCUUAAACACAUUCGUC